AAAUAUAUCUGAACAAAUACAUGGGUUGAGGUGUGUAUGUAUCAUAUCACAUGUUGUAUAUUUCAUCUUCAUUAUCCUGAUCUUUCCAUAUUCUUUUUGUUUUUGUUAUUAUUGUGUUUUAUUUUGCUGUCCAUGGCUGGUGUGAUCAUUUGAUUCACCUAGUCAUGCUGAUGAAGCCUGUUAUUGGCAGAAACAGCACGAGUUUAUAAAUAUUGAAAUAUAUUCACAAUUGUCUCACUUUAUUAUAGUUAAUCCCUGUUAAUUUUAGUGGUUUUAUCUAUCUAAAAUAAGACGUGUAAGACGGAGAUUUGAUUCUUAUAAAAAAUGUUCUUAGGAGAUUUUCUUAUAGCUUAGCGUUUCUUUUGGUCAAUUUUAUUAAUAACUAGAUAAAUCGGAAGACAAUUUUCGGCGAUUUUUGUACCCGCAAAGCUUAAAAUUUAGCCUCCAGCUGCUAAAUGAAGACUCAGUCUUGACUAAGUCUUGAAAAAAUCUGGAUCCGCCCCUGCUACUAUAAUAAAUUUUUAGUAAAAACUAGCAAUUUAUUGUAGAACUGGUACAAUUUAGUUCUUCUUCUGUUCUUUGUUAUUUCUUUUUGUCUGGAACAAUCCAACAGUCUUAUAACCUCCGGAAAAGCGAAUAUAUACUAUAUUAAUAAAAAGAUUGGAAAUAAUGAACUUUUCAAAAAAAGGACACCUUUAAUUAUCGGACAGAUUCUUUUCGCCAAUACUGUUCGCAAGACUAUUGUAUAUUAUUUAUACCUUUCAUGCUUUUUUUGCUAAAUAAGGAUUUUCUAUAAAAAUUUGGCGAAUUUCUUCAAAUUUGGCGCGGAUUUAAUCUGACGAACUGUCAAACAAUCAGUUUGGCGUAAGGUCUAAUAUAAAUUUGGCUUAGAAUUUUGCCAAAUUCGCCGAAUUUUUCCAACGCCAAAAUUUUCCGUUUUAGGUCAAGACAAGAUCAAGAGACCGUAUGUGUCAUUUUUGUUUCAUCGUUUAAUUCUUUUGUUUGGGAAUUAUAGCAAUUUGUUCUCUUAAAGAAGAAUUCCCACACACAGAUAAUGCAGACUAGAACGGUUCAACUCGAAGCAAAGUUUUGCGCAUACGCAACGAGAUUGUUAAUUGCAAAACCAGGUAAGCCGUCCAAUGGAUUCCCAUCAAAUUUGCUUCGAUUUAAAGUGGCAUAAAUAUCGAGGAAGAACAAGAAGAAACAAAGGCAACGUAACGUUUUCUGAAAUGCUUCGUAAUAAUAAAUUUUCCGAUAUUUUUAAACAUUUUAAGUGGAAUUCGGAAAACGUAUUUUACGUAGCUGCAAGAUAUGCAUCUUUAGGGGAAGUGAAACAUUUAAUGUCUGUUGCCCAGUUUAAUAAGGAGAAGGUAGAGAAAAGAAAUACUGAUGGUAAUGAUAUUUUAACGGUUGCAAUAACUAAUCCAGAUUGCCAAGUCAUUGAGUACCUUCUGGAAGAGCUGAAGUUGAUACCUAGAUAUGAAAACAGUAAGUCUGCCUUAAAUGACGCAAUAGAGGGCAGCCAUGUACAUGCUGCAGCCGUAUUAUAUGAACGCAUGUAUGCUUAUUAUUUACGGGAAGAGCGAUGGGAUGAUCAAUAUUUCCAGAGAGAUUAUGAAAAAAUGAAAGAAUUUGUGAAAGGUUUCUUAAGAGGAUCUCCACCUUUUGUUAAAUGCAGGAAGAUGACUAAACUCCUUGUUGAUGUUGAACUAUUCAAGCAAGAAAACUUUAACAGUAUUUUUUUAUAUGCAAUUCGGUAUUCGUCGAUUAAGAUGAUACAUUUUGUGUUUGAUAAAAUAAAAACUAUUUUAGGUUCUGAAUACUUUGAAAACGAUUUAAAAGAUAGCAUAGAUGCCAAUGGCGAGGAUGUACUGACUGUCCUCGCUCGUUAUAGAAUUAACAGGGAUGUCAGUGAAGAUCAAUUCAAAGACUUGUUUACAAAGUACCAGUUGCGUCCUGAUAAUUACUCACAUAAUUCACAGCUCUCGGCGUUAUACUACGUGAUCGAAAACAAAAGCUACGAUCUGGUGUUAUUUCUUUUAAAGUAUGUUAACACGAGAGACUACAGCGAUUAUCAACGUAGAGCCUUUAUCUUUACAAUGCGCAUAUUUCAAACACAUCUCUCCGAAAUCAAUCUGAAGGAUGAGCAGACUAAAAGAGAAUGGACUAAAGCUGUGACAACAUCUUCAUGGAAAUGUUCUUCAGGUCGUCAGGCUAAAUGUUACCCAGGAAGCGAGUGUUUAAGAUAUAAAACUCGUGUGAAUAAAGCUAAACAAAUGCUUCGCUACAUAUCCACUCAGCUGUUCUAUUAUUGGAAAUAUGUGUGUAACAUUGAGAGUUUAACAGAGGUUCAAGUGAUGCAGGUCCAAACGGUAGCUGAUUCUUUCCAAGGUUUCUUUAUUUCAUUUAAUCCUAUCACUGAAAAUGUUGUCAGUGCUAUCACGCAAAAACUGCAAGAAUGGCGAGAUUCUGGAACUACGUUAAGGGAAAUCAUUCAAAAGAAUUACGCUGCUAAUAUACCAGAAAAUUUGCACCGCGCCACGCGUUACAGCAAAAAAGUGAAAAAAUUAAUCGUAGAACGCUGGAUCAUGCUUUUAAGCCAACUUCCAAUCGUACUAACUGUAUUACGUGAACGCCGUAGCCAAACAAGUUUUCAGUGUCAAGAUAAUGGUGUAUAUCUUUUGGCAUUAGGUCACCACGCUUGUAAAUACAGGCAUGCUGAAGAAUGGUUAUGUGAUGUUGCCGACCAUUUACGGAAGACAGACGAAAAGAAAUACACUUUCCGAAUCUAUGGAAAGAAACGACCCUGUGUUGGUUGUUGUGGAAGGAUGAUGACUUCGAAAAUAGAUGAUUACAACAAAAAUUCAGGUUACUAUUGGGUUCACACGAUAGAGCAGCAAUCAGAGGAAGUCGCAAGAAAUACAUUUAAACUAGCAAUAAGAAGUGUACCGAAUAUAACGGUUGAAUGGGGGACAAAAAUAAGAGAUUAUGAUACGGCAUCUGAUUCUGAAUAGCUGACAUCAUUUCAAGGUUUAAAAUUGACUUCAUUCUGCUAUUUUUUAAAGCACGCAGAUGUAUUCGAUAAUACUUCUACUAUUUUGCAAAACUGCGAAAAGCAUCAGAUUCUCUGCACCUGGUAGGCUGCGGAACAAUUCGUUCCCAGGGUUUUAUGGCCCCUAAACUGUUGGGAACCAGGUUGGAUGCAGAAUAGCUACCUUUUCAGAUGCGUAGGUUAUGUAAGCAGUAAUUGACACAUUUUGACAGUUCCUAACUAGUCUUAAGUCCACUGUAUAUAUUGACAAGCUCUAAUUGCGUGAGUAUAGAAAUAGCCUAUAGCCUACUUGUGGGGGCAAGCUUGAAAAAGUACCACCUUGCCUCAAAAUACUUUUUGAGGGAUUGUAAAUUUUCAUGCUUGCUUUCCGAAAACCUUUACGUCACAAAAGUUGUAAAUAAAAAUAUUUUUUGAAUGUGGCGGAUAGGAUUAGGAUAGAAUAAGAUAGGAUAAAAUCAAAAAUAUAAUUGAAAACGUUAUUACGUCAUUGAUGUCAUUUUCAUUUUACUAACUUUUUUACUUGCGCACUUGUAUGUUUUUUAUUGUUUAUGUAGUUUCAGUUAGACUUACUUUUAUAUGAGCAAAAGCUGUCUAUACGGAUUUUUUCUCUCUAUUUCUCCAAGCCACAAAAAGAUUUUUGUUAGGAAAUUAACAAGAAAAGAAAAUAUUUGGACAGAUAUCGAACAAGACCACCAUUCGGACGGGAAAAACAAACAUUUUCUUUCCACCAAAUUUUCUUUUAUUAAAACAGUAUAUUAUAGUUAAAUAUUUUAAUUAUUUUUUAUUGGUUCUCCUUCAUUGUGACAGGACAGGCAAAGGCUUUUCAGAGUGAAAGGCUAAUAUAGUAAUUAAGGAGGCCCACUAUAGUUGGUGGCGUCUUAAAAUGUUUUGGAAAUUUAAUACCUCUAUUAAUACCUCGGUAUUUAAAUUUCAAAUUUUUUCAUUGUGUUUUUUAUAAUGCAUUUUCUUUCCAAGGCUUGUUACAGCAUUUGUCAAAAAAUAUUGAGAGGAGGAAAGGAAGACAAAGAGCUAACCACACCUUGAAAAAGGGGCAUGCCCAGCUGUCCCCUGGCUUCGUCCUUGGACACACUUUGAUGUAACCAAAAAAAUUCUUAAUUAUCGAAAAAAUUUAUUCAGAAACAUGUUAUAAAAAUAACUAAGACAAAAAACACAAGAAAUGAAAGAAUAACAGUCAAAUAAGAUUUCAAUUCAGUUGAUUUCUCAUUGUAUUUGUCACUAGAACAUUCAACAUUAUCUGAACGCAGACGGUGACACAGAGAAAGCGAUUUUCGAAACUGAAGUGAUCGGCCAGGACACUCAUCUGAAUAAUCCAACUUGAUUGGCUCGUUACUCAGUACGUAAUCUAAACAUGGAAGGGAACAAUUGUUGCUAAUGGUAACGAGUGCAAUGUUUGUUUCCAUUAAGGAAACAAAUGCAAAAUGUGAAUGGCAUUGGUUUGAGCACUCGAAAUAACCUGAAUAGUUUUGUUUGUAUUCAGUUCGUUUGUAAAUAACAAUUCGUUUUGUACAGCUAAUAUUUUUAGUAAUAACUUCAAACUCUUUUGCUGGCGUUUGUUGAAUGAAAAAGGGCACAACCAUAUUGAGGAUACGAAUAAAAGCAUUCAGAAAUAGCUGUAUUGACGAUUCUCUGUUUGCAGAAGAGGUAGCAGUGUAUGUUCUUUGCUCGCAUUUAGCUUGAGUAUCAUCAUAAUAAUUCGUACUAUAUAUACCAAGCGAAACAAAUUUUCUCAUAAGCAAGCCAUUUACAAAACCAAAGAAAACACCCAAGUCGUCAUUGCGUUGGUUACUGAUUACUACGUAACCAUUUUCAUCUAUCAAAUAACAUUUAAAUAAGUUCUGACAGUACGUAGCAGAAUCAGUACUGUUUUGGAACCGUCCAUCUAAAAGACUUAACAAGUAAUCACUUGAUAUUGUCAUACCCGUUACUCCUACUAUAACGUCAUCAUUGGAUAUAUACAUAGCAGAACUUAGAGAAACACUAACAGGAAAAGCAUUGUGCAUCCUAUUUGUAAAUUUAUUAAUUUCUUUUAUUGGUACUGAAAAUAUUAA